AUGGCUCCGGUGAAGAAGAAGCAGCCUGAUAAGGCCAAGAGAAUCAACUUCGUCCCUUUGGAUCCGGAGGCUAUCGACUGCGACUGGUGGGACACUUUCUGGCACCGCAACUCUUCUCUCUCAGGUGUGUCGAUCCCCGUAGAGGAAGAUGAUGCGUUCAAGUACUUCUUCAGGGCUUCAAAGACGACAUUCAGCUACAUAUGUUCGCUGGUGAGAGAGGAUCUUAUCUCAAGGCCUCCCUCGGGACUCAUCAACAUCGAGGGAAGGCUUCUUAGUGUCGAGAAACAAGUCGCCAUUGCUCUCAGAAGGUUGGCCUCCGGUGAAUCUCAGGUCUCCGUCGGAGCUGCCUUUGGUGUUGGCCAAUCCACUGUUUCUCAGGUGACAUGGAGAUUCAUCGAGGCGCUCGAGGAACGGGGCAAGCACCAUCUCAGAUGGCCAGAUUCGGAGGGAAUACAAGAGAUAAAGUCAAAGUUUGAGGAAAUGUACGGCCUCCCGAAUUGCUGCGGAGCCAUAGAUACAACGCACAUCAUCAUGACCCUCCCGGCGGUGCAAGCUUCCGAUGACUGGUGUGACCACGAGAAGAACUACAGCAUGUUCUUACAAGGCGUCUUUGAUCACGAUAUGAGGUUUCUCAACAUGGUUACAGGCUGGCCUGGGGGCAUGACCGUCUCCAAGCUCCUCAAGCUCUCAGGCUUCUUCAAACUCUGCGAGACCGCUCAGAUAUUAGACGGAGAUGCCAAAACUCUAUACGGAGGAGCCGAGGUUAGAGAGUAUGUGGUCGGAGGGAUCAGUUACCCGCUCCUUCCGUGGCUUAUAACUCCUCACGACGGCGAUGAUCCUUCCGAUGCUAUGAUGGCCUUCAACGACAGGCACGAGAAGGUGAGGUCAGUCGCAGCUACGGCCUUUGCGCAGCUAAAAGGAAGCUGGAGGAUUCUGAGCAAGGUUAUGUGGAGACCGGACAGGAAGAAACUGCCUAGUAUAAUACUUGUGUGCUGUUUAUUGCAUAACAUCAUAAUCGACUGUGGAGAUUAUCUGCAAGAGGAUGUUCCUUUGUCGGGUCAUCACGACUCCGGUUAUGCAGACCGGUAUUGUAAGCAGAGGGAGCCGCUUGGUAAUGAGCUCAGAGGAUAUCUGACCGAGUAUUUGCAGAGGUGA